GCUGCUCUUCUAUCGUCUACUCUAGAUUGCAGUUAUAUUCCUUCACUGGCCGAAGAUGGGUGCAAAUCGUAUCAUUAUUCAAGUUUGUCUUAUUUCAGCCCUUUGGUUGACGAUUGAAGGCAGGCCAGUAGACAACGAUCUAGACAAUGAAAUAUCCGGAAACGUCGAACCAGUGCCGCAGGCGAGUACAACAACAUCUACAACUUCAACGGAGCGUGGACUAGAAACAACGACGGAAUACAAACACAAGGAGAUAGUUCAAGCGUAUACGGUAAAAGUUCCGCAAGUUCAUUCAAUCCGUCAUGCCGCCGGAACGUACUAUUUUGAGGUUCAACCGAACGAAGAUCUGACCGAAAAACUGCUGGAAGUACAGCGUGAAGUGUUUGAUAAGCCUUUCUCGCGAACGCCACCGCCAAAGAAAGCUGCUCCACCGAAGAAUAAGUGAGGAGGCGUUAUUUUUCUAUAAUGGAAGAGGCACCUAGCCAUUUAUAUUAUGGUCAAGAUUAGAUACUAUCUGUAAUAAAUGCACAAAUCUGCAAACCAAAGGAAA